AAGCCGCGGCGGCUGAGCCGGAGGAGCCGGGGCCGGAGCCGGGGCCGGAGGGCCGAGGCCGAGGUGCUGCGAGAGCGGCGGCGACACAGGAGGCCCCGAGAUGCCGAGCAAGAAGAAGAAGUACAACGCGCGCUUCCCGCCGGCCAGGAUCAAGAAGAUCAUGCAGACGGACGAGGAGAUCGGCAAGGUGGCUGCAGCUGUUCCUGUCAUCAUCUCCAGAGCCCUAGAACUGUUUUUGGAAUCGCUUCUCAAGAAAGCCUGUCAAGUGACCCAGUCUCGGAAUGCCAAGACCAUGACCACCUCCCACCUGAAACAGUGCAUUGAGUUGGAGCAACAGUUUGAUUUCCUGAAGGACCUGGUGGCCGCCGUGCCGGACAUGCAGGGAGACGGAGAAGACAAUCACCUGGACGGCGAGAAAGGGGCGCGCAGGGGCCGGAAGCCUGGGAGCAGCCGGAAAAAUGGUGGUGCCGGAGGAAAAGGGAAAGACAAAAAGCAGUCCGGCACAGACUCGGAGCAGGAGGAUGAUUCUGAGGACACAGAGACAGAUGGGGAGGAGGAGAUGCCCCAGCCCCCAGCCCAACCCAGCCGGCCCCCGGCCCCCUUCCAGAGCCCCCCGGCCCCCUUCCUCCCCUUUUCCUCCACCCUGCCUCUCCCUCCGGCCCCCCCUGGCCCCACAGCUGUUGAAGAAGAGGAAGAUUAUGAUUCAUAGGGCCACCCCCCGGCCGUCUCACCUCCUCCUCCCACCCUCCACCCUCAUUUAGUCCAUUUUAGGGGCUGAGGGGGAGGUGGGGGGGAGGGGAGGGCCUUCUUAAAUUUAUUAAAAAAUUUUAAAAAGAAA